AUGAAUGACAAGGCCCCUUUCACAUUGUGGGAUAAAAUAAACCGCCGAUAUCGUGUGCCGACGAGAAACGAAUUUGAGUGGAUUCAUAAUAAGUUUGAUGAUCGAAAGCUUUUGCACACUGGCUGGAUCAUUUGUAUUGAGACCGACAACCCACCAAAGCCGGUUCCUCUUACACUAGGGUGUAUGCCAGUGAUGUUUGUUGGAACUGGCGAAACCUUUUCUGAGCCGCUUCCCGAUGCACCUUAUCCUAACCCACGGCUACCGGACCCUUGCCCUGAUCUACACUGGCCGCCAAUGGAAUUUCCCUCAGAUGUGGACAGCGUCGCCUUUCUCAAAGCCCUAGAACCGCUUGCCAAUGUACGGGCGGUUACGUAUCUACCUUCAUGGACUGUUGUGGAGCUUGAGUGCGGCGAUGGACGUGUUUACGAACCCCAAUCACUCCCGGGAGUCGUUGCUGGACGUACAGCGCUCUACCAUCAUUUACAAAGCCCGUUUUACGAGACCAGAAAAAAUCUUACCCGGGCCCGACAACUUGAUCCAAGCGAAUCCGUAACCAGUUUCGGACCGUUGCCUCAAGACCAUUUCAAUUACCUCCAAGAGUCAUUCCUUUCACCUGGUUGCCGAGUAGAGUCUGGUUAUGGCUUACCAGGCUCCCGUUAUGAGUCAGCAACUAGCGCUUCGUCUGCUGGAGUAAAACUCCGCGAUUCGAAGGGAGAAGAGGUCCUGACUGUCGCAAACCACGCCUUCCUUUUUUCUGGCGAAGUUUAUCACCCGUAUGUUCACCAUGACAAGAUUGGAGACGUGAUUGACACACGACCUGAGCUGGAUAUUGGUCUAGUUAAAAUGACCCCUGCCGUGUCUGCGAAGUUUAGAAACACCUGUUAUUUUCAGGCAGAACCCCCGCGGGGUUUGUUAGAAGGCACAUAUGUCAAGCCAGGUUCAUGGGCUGAGGUGGACGGUAUGAGUUCAGGUUUACUAAGCUUGUGCGCAUUUGCGAGACGGUAUGAGAAGCCUAUGCGUCCGCCUGGACACCCCGAAAUUCCUUUUCAGCAGUGGCAGUCAUAUACCCUCCGGAGAAUUUGGGGAGUUGUGAACGGAUCAAUUGCUGAUGGUGUCUGUGGAGCACCAAUUGUUAACUGCGAUGACGGCGCAGUCACCGGGUUCUUCCAGCUCUACGAUGGGGAGAGAAACUGCCUUAGUGCUAACCUUGACGACAUAGUAGCUGAGGGAUGGCAAAUUGCUUGA